CUGAAAGGGGCGGGGAGGGGGAAGAAGGAGCCGCUUUGAAAAGGCGCCUUAAUCGGAAUUGUGAACUGGUUUGGACCGUCGGUACCGCGUGGGCGCCAGACUGCAGCCAACAUGGGCGUAUCGGACGAUGCGAAUAAGUCGCUAUUCAUUGGGAACUUGGACGUGAAAGUGACGGAGGAGCUUCUGUUCGAGCUGUUCCUCCAGGCUGGUCCGCUCCUGGCGGUAAAAAUUCCUAGGGAUAAGGAUGGGAAAUCAAAGCAGUUCGCGUUCGUGAAUUUUAAACACGAGGAGUCGGUCCAUUACGGAAGGGAUUUACUGAAUGGAAUCCAGCUAUAUGGCAGGGCUAUCAAAAUCCAGUUCCGAUCAGGUAGUUCUCAUGAAUCUCGAGAAGGAAGCCAGUCUCAGAAUUCAACUACUUCUCUUGGGCCUUACCAGACUAACCAGUUCAAUAAUAACCGGUUUGAUCGGGCAGUGGAUAAUCAGGGAUUUCCAAUGUUUACAAAUCCACAAUUGGUGCAGAGGUCAUUUUCUACACCUGAUAAUCUUCAAAGGCAGGUCAUGGUAAACAACAUGUGGCAGCAGCAUUCCAGGGGAGGGCAGCAGAAUUACAAUCCCUCAGCACAACAUACAAGCACCAACAACCGUUCCACACUGCAGCAAUCAAAUCGAGGAAUGCCUUCUAACCUGCAAAUGGCACCUCAGAAUUUUGGCACCUCUGUGCAGUCACGGUCAUCCAGUGCAAAUUCACGUACUGUGUGGCAUUCAGAAAAACCAUCUGGCGCCCAAAGGCAACAACCAUAUAGUUCCUAUCAGUCAGACAAUGGUCAUUAUACCAGAGAUGCUCAUUUCCAGGAUCACAAUCCAGACUGGCAUUACAGAGGAAACCGUGAGUCUGACUAUCGACAAGACCAAACCUCUCAUCACAGCAGAAGUUGGGAGUAUGAAUACAAAGUUAAAAGAGAGUACUCCAGAGGUGGGAGACGUCGAAGCAAUCGGCAAUAAACUGACAUAAUGUUGGAUUAUGGGAGUUAACAAUUCAAUUUCCCCUUUGUAGAUUAGAAUUUGAAGUUGUUUUUUAAAAGAAAAGAUGCAUUAUUUUCUCUACGAUGUGCAAAUUGUGAUGCCUGUACAGAAGUUUAAAAAAGGUUCCUUUGUCUAUAUUAAUUUGUCAUUUACCCAGUAAUGUCCAUAUAAUCCAAUUCCCUUAAUGUAUAUAUAAAUAUCCAUUUUCCAUUAGUGCCAGUCUCUGCCUCAGUAGUACUUACAAGCUUCCCUUGUUCUACACAUUCCUCAGGAUGAGAGGGAAGGAGUUGUGUUGCAUUACAUUUAGCUCAUAAAUUGUCUCUGAUUCCCUGAUCUGUCAUCAAGCAGUGCUUGUUCUGCAGUGCAUGAUGUGCCCAUAUUGGAAUUCAGUUUCCAUUUUUAAAGUAUUAUGUACAACAGAGCAUAUAACUUGCGAAUGAUUUGUAUCUUGUUUAUAUUGCAUGUGAGUAGAAACUUAAUUGUGAUGCAAAUACAAUAGUUUUGAGUACUAAUGCAAAGAAUAGCACUGGAUUUUUUAUAUUGAUUGUAUAAAUCAGCAUUGUGCCAGAUUUUUCUCUCUUAUUUUACCUUCUAAUGCUUCUUGAGGGUAAUGACCAACCUCUGAAUAAAUGAGUAGCAGUGCUCAAUCAUGAAUCUUGAAUCAGGUGCUCAGUUUGUCUCCCAUGCAUACCUCAAUGUCACUAUUCUUCCAAUGUGUGGGCAUUUUUAAAAAAAAAGUCCUUUAACUGCCUGCACCUGCCCAGUCUUCAGUGAAUAUUAGAGCUUCCAGCCAAGUCAAUUGAGUUCUUCAGUAUUUGUAAGUUACAGUUAAUCUCAAGGGGUUUGCUCUCGGGACCAUGACCAGUGCCUGAUAGACUGGAAUUCUCCAUGCUACUGUCAUUCUGCAAAAAUAUAUAUAAAUUGUUGCUUUAAAAUGGAAUAAAAAUGUGGGUAUUGAAUGAUUGAGUGGGAAGGACAUGAUUUUAAAGGAUCAACUCUUAAGUGUGAAGGACCUAAUUUUUUUUUUUUAAGGAUCAACAAGUGAAGACCUGUAAGAAUUUAAACUAGUUUGAAUUUGACAGUUUCUCAGCUUUACAUUGGAAGGUAGCUUGCUCCUAAGUUGAGUCUAGUUUAACAGUUUGGGAAGUGGGAGACAAGGAAUGGCUAAAUUUUGCUCAUCCUGGUGAAUAUUUAACAUCAUGCAGCUAACAUGUGGCAUUGGUCCCCAUCCUUAAACAAGCAAAUGUAAUGGCACCUGCUCCUGUAUUGUUGCUGUUUUCCUUCCAAGUUGCCUAAUUGUUUUUCCAGUAUGUAUGAAGAUAAAUGGGAGCUGUUUAAUCUCCCUUUACUGUCUUAAAGCAGUGGAGGUUUGGAGUAAGGAUGUGUGGGUAAUAGUUUCUAGGGCAGGUAAAUUCUGAUAGUAGACUGCACAUAUUUCCUAUUACACUGACUUUUUUUUAAAGAUUUAUCAGAUUUGCAUUUAAGGUAAUUGUAUCUAGUUAAAUGUUUCUAAUUUGUUUUCCCCCAAAACUGAGCUCUCCAAUUCAUUGAGAUUUGUUUUGUACGUAUUUUUAUCUGCAUAUGAAGAAGAAAUUUGUAUUUUUGGUGUCAUGAAGACUUUUGUAACCUAAAUGAAGCAAUUUUUUUGAAAAUAAAUUUUUAAUGUCUCUUUUUGGGGAGAGAAGAAAUGCAGAACAUGACUCUUUUUCAAAAGGACUAGAAUUUUUCCAGUGAAGUGUUGGCUGUUUAACCCUUCUAUAGACUAACAAUUCUUGUGGUGGGGGGGGGGGGGGGAGUAAAAAUGUAUGUUUCUAAUUUACUAUUCCUGGUUCUUUGGAGUGAUAUGAAAAGGUAACUUGAAGAGAUUGCACAAUUUUAAGUACUAAGAAAAAUUGUACCUGCUUAAAAUUAUUUAGCUGUUGUACAGUUUGUGUAAUAUUUUAAUAGAAUCUGUUUGUGGUUUGAGUUCUGACAGCUUUGAUAUUUACUAUACACCAACAAUGUACUGUAAUGUCAAUUGCCAUUGUUCAUGUACCACAUAAAGCUAUAGUCAAAAUUUA